UUGCAAAGAAGUUAGUGUAAUUACGUUCAAAAGAAAGCGAAUUAAAUUAAUUUUCGUUCGAUUCCGUUUGUCAUAAAUCUUAUAAGUUAUAAUCUAAUGGCAGAAUUGCAUAUACUGGGACAGCUGAACGGUGCGUCCCAGUUCGAAGAGUCGUGUUCCUUGUUUUGUCGAUAUUCAUUCCAAGCUGGUGUGUAUUUACUUUAAGUUGUAACUGAGGAUUCAUUGCUUCAUUAAUAUGUACAUAUUGCGAAUAGUUGCUAUAUUUCAGGUCAGAACUGGACAGUAAUAUCAGGUUGUCCUGAGGGACAGACUGUUUCAGGGAAACCAGAUCAUAGCAAAACAGUAAUUUGGGUUCAUCCGCUCGACAUUCAUUACGUCACUAAAGGGUUGCAAGGUUGUAUUCAAAAGUUUAGUAUUUCAUUAGUUAUUUUACUAAUAAAAGGCUUUGACACAAUAACCAUUUCAAGGUCUAAAAUAAUUCUAUGAAUACAUAUUAUGUUAUGCCAUGAACCAACAACUACCUAUUAAAUACAAAAGGUAAAUUAAUCAAGGCAAAACUACAUUCCAAUAUAUGGCAUAGAUUUGAAAAAAUAAAAUUCAGUUGGGCUCUGAUAUUUUUAUUAUUUACUUAUGUGUGUGUGAAUGUUUACUCAUUUUUAUAGCAAUUUAAUUGAAGUAUUUUUAUAUGAAAAUGGACUAAACUCUUCAAAAGUAUUACAUUCAUAGGAAUCAGUUUGCAUCAAAACUCGCCAAGGUCUUUUUAAACUGAUACCAAAAAAAAUACUGUUAGUCUCAAACUUUGUCCAAAGAUCAAAUUUAAAUAAAUAUUUUAGCUGUUUGAUAUUUUCAAUAAUAACUUUAGCACAUUUUGAACACCACAUGCUCAUUUGUUGUUAUAAUUAAUAAUUUUAAUGUGAUUGUUAUAGGUUGGCCAAAAUUAGUGUUACAGGUAAAUUGUUUAGACUCAGUUGGUCGUGUUUGGAUUGUGGGAUACAGUUGUUGCACUUUACCUGUAGUUCCAGGACAUCACAUUCUGGAUGUACCAUGUUGGCUCCCAUCUGCCACCACAUUGACUGAUAGAAUAAGGGAAUAUUUUCUGGGUGGUUCUCAUCAAUUAUUGAAUUCUGAUAUUAUUAAUUUAGGCAUUGAUAGGUUCAAAUUGAAAACACAGUCUAAAGGCUCUAUAAAAUUAAGUAUAGAUAUAAUUUUAAGAAAUUUUAGUCAGUUUGGUGUAGAGUAUAAGUAACUAUGAGAGUUAUUACUUAUCUUGGAUUCACUUUAUUAUCAAUACUUAUACAAUUUAGUGUUAUGGAUUAUAUUCAAGACAAAAUGAAAUUGGAAGAGGAACAAACUGAUCUCAAUGUUGCUAGUCGAAAAAAAAGGUUUGAUGAGAUGUUAAAGAGUUUCAAACAGAAACCACAUGCAUUAUAUUAUAGAACGCAUAUUGAUAGUAAGGGUGCACUCAAACUCACUCCGUCCACAAUAACAUAUAGUAAUAUAUCUGUACCCGUAACUGAAAUUUCCACUAUGAUCACAAAUACAAUAAUAGAAGAAUUUUAUGAUGAGAAUACUUCAACAACCGAGGAGGCCUUUACCACAGAGACACAAUAUACCACUACUGAAAUAGAUAAUAUAACUGAAAUUACCUUUUAUGAUAAGAAAAACAAAAGUAUAGUAAAACCAGAUAUACCAAAGAUAAACUUAAGGAGUAAAAAUUGUGGUUGUGAUUUGUUGUACAAAGUUUGUGAUAUUAGUUGCUGCUGUGAUAAUGACUGUACUGACAAGGAUAAAAAGUUGUUUUCCAAUUGCAAUAUUUCAAAUAGUAAUAAAGGAGAAUCUCAAUAUUUAUGCUAUCCCUUUGAAAUAUCUAGAAGAGUUGAUAAAACAGACUUAUUUGACAAUUUGUUUUGUAUUGUCAAGACUAAUAUCCCUGAUAAACGGAACCUAAAUUAUGAUAAGUAUGAUGUUAGUGCAGCAGAUACAGCAUUUAAAUGGCAUAAAAAUGAUAUUUCAAGUCAUACAGAAUUUGAAAGGAAGCCAUAUGCAUAUGGUGAUACCAUAUGGGUUUUGAAGGAAAAUUCAAUUUGGUAUAUAGAUAUGCCAUCACCAACUGUUAAUAAUUACUGCAGCGGUAGACGACCGAUAUUGUUUUUAAAAGAACAAAGUAUUGCAUGCAGUGUCCAUUUGAAGGACUUGGAAAUGUUACAAAUUUUCAAAACAUCUCAAGAAUCUUAUUGUAUCAGUGUGACUGAGAAGUCAUUUGAAUCUUCAGCAUUGAACUGUUCCUCACUUCACUGCACAAAUUGGACUAUUAUAAUUUGUGAUGAAGAUGGCAGCAAGUGUGCAGAUUACAACAAAACUAUUCAUGAGCCUUUUUGCAAUGAAAGUUAUUGCACAAAUAUUGCACUACAUUUGGAAUACACUUUUUAUUAUUAUGAUUCUAAAAUAACAAAUGUCACCAUAAAAUUCUUCGUGAAGAAUAUUCAAAAUCAUAUUCCGUUUAUGACACAGGUGAUCGAUGUAAGAUUCGUCAUGGCCAAUAUAUCAAUUGACCAGAUAAUUAAAGUUAGUGGGAAUCCGGGAUACAUCUACGGUUUGCCAAUAAUAUCAUCAACGGCUGAAGGUAAUCAUACAAUAAAUUUUCUCAACAGUACCUUAACCAAAAAGUAUUUGACACAAAUUAAUAACAACGGUGGACUAUGCGUGACUUUCAAUGGCACUAAUAAUUUCGUGAAGUUUGGCAUUAACAAGCGAUUGAAGUGUAGAUAUUUUUACAACAAACCAAUAUGGUCAAAGUCAAACAGUACAGAUGUUUGCGAAGAGAUAGAAAGCAAUAUUAAACGGUUAGCUGGAUUAAGCGAGACUAUAUUUAUAUCUGCACUAGGGAACCCGAUGAAGAAUAAAGAAAGUGAUUGGUUGCUUAUAAAGAAUAAUGUCGAAGAAAAAGACUUCACUUAUGGGCAAUUUUUAGCGAAGAAUUCCAGAUUGCGUUGCUACAAUUUGAUAGUUAGAUUUUCAUAUCUAUUCACGUUUGCGGAUGUUAGUGAAGUUUUUACGAAACGGGAAGACAAAAUAAUUGCAGUGAAGAUUGAGGUGGCCACGCAAAAUGUAACCUUCAGCACUGACGACGUUUCAACAGUUUUGACUAUAGACACGAAUUUCAUAGACGGAACAAAACCUAAAGCGUAUGAAUACGCAGGAGGUCCCCAUCUGAAUAUACAUUUGCCGAAUGAUUUCUUUUAUCCGUUCCCCUCAAACGCUAACUGUAGUUCAAAGCUUAGUGUGUCUCUGAUUCUAUGUAUCACAAUUUAUUAUCAAAUAAAAUAA